UGUUUUUUUUUCUUGUCAAAAAAAGACAAAAGGUUUUUCUUUUGAAUUGUUCACAACACCUCUAUUUUCGCAAUUGUUUUAAACAACUUACGUCAUACCAAUUUGUUGCGGAAUGUUUUUCGUGAUUUAUAAACCUUGACGAGAUGAUUUCAGUACUGGAUCUGUGGACAGUAAAUUACCACUUCUAACAGAAAUAGCUUGUAAUUACUUCAAUAAUUACCACUAAAUACCACUAACGUUACCACUAAUCCAUUAACAUAGAUCCACACUAAAUUAGCACUUAUAUCAGAAAUUAGACCUAAUUCAACAAUUAUCACUAACCAAUAGAGCUCAAAUUAUUUCCGGAAAGUAUUCAUGAGUGAGAAAUAAAUUCCGGAUUUAAUUUGACCUCGUAUGGUAUUCGGUUAGAAAAUUCCACGCCUGUAAUAUUUAAUCAAUAAAAAAAUUUAGUGGAUUGCAUCGGAUUUUUUUUUAUAGAAACGUGUUGCUAUGCAAAUCUGUUACCACAAUCAAUUUUGACUGGUUAAAAACUAAAAUAGUAUAUUAUGUAACAAGUGCGGUAAACGGCAUUUGACUCACGAGUUUAUUUGACACGAGCGAGUUUUUAAUAAACGAGUGAGUUAAAAAGUUUACCGAACGUGUUGCAUACUAUACUUUUUCUACGAUCGUUAGUUUUUGGGUAUAUUUUCGCAAAAAAACACAAAUACAUUCACUGACAGGACCGUCAGAAUUGACAAACGCCAAAAUUCAAAGCGUGGGAAAUAUGUCCGAAAACAUUCGAUUGCUCCCAAAUCCGUGCGGUAAAAUCUCGGAAAUCUCCGAAGUGGCUCGGAUCCGUGGGAAACGAAACUGUUAAAAUGACGUUUCCCGCACUCUAGAUCGGUGUGUAAUUAGGUAUUUUACAGACGGGAGUAGAAAAAACUAAUUUUCGUACCGAAUAUCACACGAGGUCAAAUUAAUUCCUGAAAGAAUUUCACACAGCUUUGUAUAGUAACAAAUUUUUCUAUAAAAAUUUCUAGUAUAAUUCAUUCGUUGUCAUAGUUAUCUGUCAAAAAAUACAUUUCGAUUAUUUAAAAAUUACUAAAAUUAUCACGAAUUCAAUCACUUUUCAGUUUUAACGAUAUAGUCAAAAAGAUAAACAAAUGUUAUAGGGAUAUAAGUAAGAAUUCAACUUCAACAGCCAGUCUCUCUGCCAAAAUGUAAUUUGUAAUGAAAAAAAAAGUCAUAAAAUAAAAUUCUCUCAAAACUUUUUUGUUUCUGUUUAUAUUUAAUAAAUUCAAUCGUUUUAAAUGAAAACGGCUCAUCUUCUAACUAAUUAAGACGUCCAUAAAACAUAUGCUCUUUAUUUACUUUAGUCACGUCACUUUUUUUGUUGGUUGAUAAUAACAUGUUUGACUACUUACAAUAUAUAUUUGCUUAAUUUGCUAAUGGAUAAAUCAAUAUAUCAUUCCUCAUUUUAUAGUACACCAUAUUUUUCUAUUUUUGCAUACCAUAAUUCCUGAGAUCGUCUUAUUACCACAAAAUUGCAGUAAAUUACCUAAUAUUACUACUAUACUGCUAUUAAUUAGGCGUAAUUAUCACUCAUUUUUCCUAAAACUUUUUUAAUAAUAUGGCUUAGUCAAAACAAAAAAUUGAACGGAACUUUUGACUUUGGUCAGAAUAUAGAAAUAAUAUUGUCUAGUAGACAAACGAAUCUAGCAUUUGAAAAGGAAAUCAAUAAUUUUACUGGUAACGACACCAUAAUAAAUUGCUAGGAGACGAAUAUGAUUUACUUAAAUGUUUUAUACACGCACUGUUUCAAGUUUACCAGUGCUGUCUCGAGUUAAAAUGUUGCUAUAAAGAGUGUGUUUCAUUGACACUUUAAUUGAGUCAGAGAUCUUGGGCGAAGGUCACAAAUCGAAAUUAAACCUCGCCAUAAAUAACAUCAAAUUUAAGCGAAAGCGUUUUACAAAGGAUUAUUAUCCCUCGAGUUGUUUUGCAGCCUAAAUAGCAGCAUUAUUGUAAGUGAGAAUAGAAGCGUUUCUGCUGCGCCAGUCGAAGCUAGACAUUGUCUAAUAAUUAUUUAUUCUUUUCUUAUUACCUUUUCCACUGAGGGGUCAUUUAUACGAAUUUCAUAAAUUUUGAAGCGACUCUUUGUCACAUUAUGUAACACUUUGAAUGUUCCAACGUUUUCAUCCCAUCUAUAGAGUUUUUGGAUUAAAGGACAACUUCAACAUAUUCUGACCCUAGAUGACUAAAGACUCUGUAGGACAUAGAAAAAUGGAAAAAUCUCAUUUUUGUAAGAAAGCGUUGUUUUUUAUGGAUUGUCACUAAAUAUCAACGACAUUUAAUAUUGCCAACAAUAUCAUACCGGGUGAUUUAUUUUUGAUGUUUGAUUUUAGAGUCUGCUCUAUCGAAAAUUUUGCAACGUUGCCGCUUUUAAUAAUAACAUAGGGCAGUAUGGUUAUUUUAAAUGGUAUACCGUAUAUUGUAUUACAUAUUUAAAUUUACUUUAUUUUUGCGUAAUAUUUUCCUGUACCUGCCUGAAGCGGUUUUCGAAAUAUUAAUUACUUGCGAAAGUCCUUUAAAUUAGAUUUUUCAUAAUUAAUUUUAUUGGAUACUCUGAAUGAGAGUUUGUGUCAAUUUAAAAUGACUUGUGAUCGAUUGUGGCGCAAAAUUUCACACACUUAUAAGUGUUUUGGAGUACUUGCACCCAUAUCCUCAAGGAGCAGUUAUUGUUUAACAAAAUUGCAUUCCUUAGCUAAAUAAUACAACUAUGAUUUUUAGAAUUGAAAAAUAAGGUUUUUAUUAUUUUUUGAUUUGAUUAAUUUGAAACGACAUAAAACACAUAAAACGCACGAAAUCUGCAGAAUCAUUUGUCAGAACAUAAAUUUAAUUUAAAAAAUAUAAAUAAACCUACCCCCUGCACUGCUAUCACCCGUCGCUAAUAAUAUUUCCCAGUACGGGUUUUUUGCCAUGCUCUUACUCGGACAUUGGUACAGCGUUAUAAUAUUUUACUCUGUAAACUCCUUAUAGCAAUGAUGGGAACUCAUUGGGGGUGUUGUUGUAUUGAGCUAUAAAAUUCAAAUUUAAACAAACGCUUUCAAAUUUUCAAAAAGAAUCUCUUUUCGGUCCUUCUUAAACUUCUAACCCAGCAUCGACCAUUAAUCAUUCUGUAUAGUCAGUCAUACAUUGAUGAAGAUCCACCAGAAUACAAUAAUGUUAUAACACAGCUAUUAUAUAUCAUUAUAAAAACAUGACAACUAAAAAUAAAAAAUUGUAAAGCCGAAAACAACUGAACAGAUUCACUAAUUAUUAAUAGAGAAAUAAUUGAUUGACACACAAAAAUUAUUGAUUAUUGGUCGAUAGUAAUACAGAAGCAACGUUUCAGUUUAAUCGCGAAAGUGCAUCAAUCUAUGAGAGGCCGCAUUAAUUGUUUAUAAAAUUUGAAUCAACGAGGAACUAUCCAAAUCGCGGUCCGAUAUGCGCGAGGUAUGCAAGAGCGGCGCCGUCGUGGCCGCAGUGGUGGCGGUUUUGGAAAAACAAUCCAAAGAGUGUUCGUUGCCGCCAAAACUUGCGAUAACCAAAAGGCUGAACAAAUGUGCCAUGCCUAUCACUGCAACCGGUUGUAACGCUGCCGAAAAUAGCCAUACGAACGGGAUUAGCAUUAACCAAAGUGACUUUAUAAAUAGAAGCGACUCCCGAGAAUACGUUAAGGAAGAGAAUUUCGAAUCGGCCGUCAAGAAUUUCAAUAGCGUGGCUGAAGAUGUGGAAAAAACAUUUUCGGACGAGGUAUCGAAAGGAUGCCAUCAGCGCACCGACUCGCUGACAGCGUCCAGCGACGCUAAAGUUCCGAAUAAAGAGCGACUAGUGAUCGACAAUGGAAAAUUAAAAGUGAUCGGCGGAUGUUUCGAUUACGAUAGUGACAGUUUAGACGAGCAAACUAGUGAUAGCGAAGGUGACCACUUUAUUAACGGUGGAUUGGCCACAAUUACUGAAGAAGAGAGGAUUAGCUCACGGUCAUCGAAAGGAUGUGAAGAUGACGAUUCGAGUCUUGAGGAUGGCUCGACCCUAAAGGAACAUAACGAAAUUUGGUCCGACAAUAUUUCCAAUCGGGCGGAGUCUACUUCGGAUUUAUCCACGACUUCCUCGGAACGAAAUUCUUAUAAAAAAGAUACUAGCUCGACGCGUUGCACCAACGAUUUCCAAUGGAUACGUAAAACUUCGUCACCGUUGACAACGCCGAGGAUUUCGCCGAACCCGUCUACUAAAAUGGAGGAGGAUCCUUACCACGAACAGGCUCCGCUGUGUAUUAAACCUCCCCUAUCACGCGCCGUACGCGAAAGAACUCCAAGGAGGAACAACGACGUUAAAAGCGGCGGUCCCGGCAGCCUCGAUAGACGAAGACAUUCUCACAAAAGAGAAGAACGUGAUCAAAAGUCCAAAUCUCAGCACGUGCAAAGUCCCCCGAGAUUGGACGAUUAUCAAAACGGUGGUUAUUGUUACCCUCCAGCCUAUGGACUCCACGACGGAUGUUUUGAAAACUUUCAUCGAAGACACGAAAGACUAGACCCCCAGAGGUACGGUAGCACUCCCAUGCUGUUAGACCACAGGCUUUCGGAGCGAGGUAGUCAUCCUGAUAUUUAUGGAGAUUGCACGAGGUUAAGACACGAAAUAUCUUGCUGCUCCUAUCACUUGGGUCCACCACCCUGCUGUUGUUUCGGCGAUAGGGGAUACCAUUGGACGCCACCUUCGUAUCCAAAGUCAGGGGAUCAGGAUGAAAAAUGUAGGAAGCUGCAAUAUGAACGGGACAAUCUCCAGCUGCAGGUGCAGGUACUUACGGAACAAAUCGAGGCACAGUCUGACAAAAUUGCUGAUUUGGAGAAAUCCCUUCAGGAAAAGAAGCAGGUCUUGGCCGACGCGGAAGAGAAGUUGCAAAGGGAAGUUCUUUCGCGAUCGUCGUUGGAGACCCAAAAACUGGAACUGAUGUCUAUCAUGAGCGAACUAAAGUUAAAUUCUGCAGCGUUGGAACGGGAAAAUAUGGAAUUACGAAACGGACAAUUCAAUAAUAAUUCAUCGGAUCUAAAGAGGCCACCGUUAGCUCCAAAACUUGUAUCUCAGCCUCAGCUAACAUCAACCCCUGUUCAUCAUUCUAGUCAGAUUUUGCGGGGUUCACCUUCCCCAAGCCCCAUAGGAACCUCUUCUAAUAGUCCCAGGAGGGUAGAUAUGGUACCUUCUUUCAUACAAGAACCCAAUCGGCCCAAGACACCACCAUCUACGUAUAAGAGGCAAAUAGACGUACAGUACGGAAGCUUACCGAGGCAACAGUUUUUAAGUAACGGAAGCGGUUCUAAUUUGAUCACAGAUUCGAACGCGAAUCCGCACAAGAAAGGAGUGGCUUUUGGUAGGACAACUGGGUUGAUAGGUGGUGGGGGUUAUCUGCCAGUCGCGGGGGGCAGGCUGAGGGGCUUCUCUGUACCCAAUCUAGCUGAAUCAGACAAAAUCGCUGCCGAUGAAUAUUCAAAAGAGAACUCUCCUGGAUCGCCAACGUUAUCGUUCAAUAAAAAUAAAGGCAUUAAAAAGAUUUUUGGAAAAAUGAAAAGAUCGGGGUCGGGAAAUCUUGAAGAUCUGCCCGCCGGUUUAGGAGAAUUCCAAAGAGGUGGGGUAAGGGCGACAGCAGCAGCCAGAUUAGGGUGGAGCGAACCCCAUUUGACACUAAAACCGGAUAAACCUUUUUCCGAGUGGGAUGGCGAGAAUAUAUGUGAUUGGUUGCAAGAUUUAGGUUUGGAUCAGUAUAUCCCUGAAGCGAAAAGAUGGGUCAAGUCAGGCCAGCAGCUGCAAGAAAGUCCUAUAAGUGAAAUAGAAAAGGAGCUCAACAUCAAAAAUCCAUUGCAUCGCAAAAAACUGCAGCUCGCUUUAAUAGACACGACAGAAAAUUCUUCUAGCGAUUUGUAUUUGGCGCAGGCAGGAAAACUUGAUACAGCUUGGGUUUUGAGGUGGCUCGACGACACGGGCUUGCCCCAGCACAAGGAAAGUUUUCUUAUCAACCGUGUGGAUGGGAGAGUGUUACAUAGACUGACAAUUGAUGACUUGGCCUUACUUCACGUUACUUCAUUGCUUCACGUAGCCAGUAUCAAAAGAGGCAUUCAAGUAUUGAGAGAGAAUAAUUAUGAACCGACCUGUUUGCAGAGAAGAUCGUUGCCCGACGAUCCGGAAAAACCCACGCCAAAGCAUGUGUCUUUGUGGACGACGCAUAGGGUUAUGGAAUGGUUAAGAGCAGUAGAUUUAGCAGAAUAUGCUCCAAAUCUACGUGGUGCGGGAGUUCACGGAGGUUUAAUGGUACUCGAACCAAAGUUCAAUGCAGAUUUGCUGGCAUCUUUACUAUCAAUUCCACCUGGCAAGACAUUGCUUAGAAGACAUCUGAAUACCCACUUCAAAGAACUAUUAGGAAAAGAUAUUAUUCAAGAAAAAAGAGAAACUGAAGCUACAAUGGGAUACACACCUCUUACUCCAUCAGCCAAAUUAAAGGUCACUAAAAAGACGCAGUUUUCGCUCAAGAGGAAAAAGAGCAAAGGAGAAGCCGAUUAUGGCGAUUUAGUGUGUCCAUUGAAUCCAGAGAAACAAUCAGGUGAUCUGAGUAGUUCAACUUUUAACAUGGGUACGACGAAGAUGAAGGGAAACCAAGAGGCAGAGGAUGCUUAUCCUCGCGCUGAGAAAACGUUGGCGUCAAGAUCGUUACCGACUUCGGUUCGAAAUUCGCCUGUAACAUUGAGACACGUCUGAACUUGUUCGGAAUAUAUUGAAAUAAAAUUAUUUUUAGGAUAUAUGCAUGUCUUCCCCCCGAUUUUAAAAACCAUUUACCUGCCUUAGUGAUUGUGAAUCCAAUUUUUAUAUAUUAAUAUAUGAGGAUUUGUAUUUUGGGUAUUAAUGCUGUUAGAAAAAUCACAAUAAGUAUUUUUUGUUACAAUGAUUCUCUAUAAGAUCAGUUUUUUAUACAAGUUAUACAAACGAAGUGGAUCUAACAUUUUUUAUUGUAAUUUAAGUAUUAAGAUGUUAAGGACAUCAGAUACCCCAAACUCAUAAGUACAGUUAACAACCUUCCUGUGUGGUAUUGUUAUUAUUUUAUUUAUCCAAAAUUAUAAAUAUGAAAAAUGUGAGACUUCCAGGACAGGAAUAGUUUUAAAAGAAUGAAAAGAAAUACUACCAAUAUCAGUAUUUUUCUUACUGUAGGAAAAUAAGGAAGUAAAGUGGGGUAAAUAGUGUUUUAUUAUAAAUUCUGUGUUAUUUAUUUCAAACUUAAGAGUGAGUAGAUAUAUUUUUGAAAAUGAAAAUCCUAAACAUGAUUAAUUUACUGUAAGAUUGUAACUUUUGUAUCCUUAAAAAAGAAAUGAAAAAUUAUGUAGGAGUUUACCUAUUUGUUAAAUUUUAUCAAUAGUUUUUAUAAAGUAAAUUAAUAAAUAACUCAACUUAAAAUAUUUGUUAUACACAACUACUAAUAAUUACAAAACUAUAAAUAAUUACCUAGAUAUAGUCACACAACCACUACCAUCAGUCUUAGCUCUACCCACGACAAUCCUAGAACCUAUUUUGACAUACAUAUCCCAAUCUCUUUCUACACUGAAUUGAAACUCUGUAAAAUGAUUUUUUGCUUUGGCAUUUUUGGCAAAAGUACUCUCCUAAGCCAUUAUACAAAAUUACUAACAAAUCCAUUGUAAUUGGGAAAUGUGUCUAAAAAUAAGAUAAUAAUAAAUCAUAUUGACUGUUAUGUGCCAAUAAUUAAUAUUUCUGUAGAUUAUAUAUCAGUCUGUUAAUCAUAUGUUAUGAUAUUUUCUGCUGGACAAUGGCCUGUUUUAAAAGAUUGACCACUAAUUUAGUAGGGCAAUGUCAAGUGAGAAAACUAUCACCUAAUGUUACCAAAUAGCAAUUAUAGUAUUGUAGAUUUUUAGGUAAUUUUACAUUUUGACCAAAAAUUACAUGAGACCAUAUCUUAACUAUUGAAGUUUAGAGACGAAUGGUUACAUAAUUUACUUGAUGAUUAAAGGUUGUAGUUUUGUAGUUUCUAUACUAAUAUACAUAAUUAUACGAAAUAAAUAUUCAUAUUUGCCUAUAAUAUUCAAAUAUGUUAAUUUUGUAUUAAUUGUACAUGUAUUAUAUCAAAUAAACUCUUACAUCUUAUGU